AUGUCUGCAUCAGGUUCUGAUUCUGGCUCGGAGUCGGACGGCGAAGCUCAAGCUGCUCUCGAAUUACAAACCCUAGAAAUGGAGCUCUCGACAAGGACCAGUGAAGCAGCGACGCAGUUCGCCAGACGGAACUCAGUCAUCAGCGGCCUCCAAGGGAUGAUUAUUCAAGAGGAGAUAAUGAAACUAGAGUCUCAAAAAUCAGAAUCUGGGGUUUACAAAUUUGAUCAGGACACAGUUUUCAUGUCAACGGAAAAAUCAAAGAAGAAAAGGAUUCAACAAUCUCCAGAUACAAGUGAUUCAAGGGCCUUUCCGAUUGAAAUUAUUGAACUCAAUGUUGUCACUGCCAACAUCACUGCUUUUCCUGAGACCCUUUUCAAGGCACUCUUCAUUCAGAAUAGAGAAUGGAAGAGUGUUUAUGUAGAUAAUUCAAUGGAUGAAAUUGGUGAGAUUCCAAUUCUAUUGGAAUGGAAUCAAAAAUUCCAAUUCUAUUGGAAUGGAAAGACGAAUUCCAAUUCUGUUGGAAUCACACAUGUUGAUGCUUGA